AAGUUGUCCUAAGGCGGCCGCUGGAGAUAGGAUUUCGAUCAUGGAGAACAACCCUAAUUCCUCUAGGGCUGACAGGAAAGUCAUAGAGAGAAAUAGAAGAAAUCAAAUGAAAGCCCUCUACUCCCAGCUCAAUUCCCUCGUUCCCCACCCCAACUCAUCUAGGGAAGCGAUGUCGCUGCCAGAUCAGCUAGAUGCAGCAGCAAACUACAUCAAGAAGUUGCAGACGAACCUGGAAAGAAUGAGGGAGAGGAAAAACAGCUUGAUGGGGAUUGGCAGGACGAGUUCUAGCAGAAGCAGUGGGACAAAACGUCCUGAAAUUAAAAUUCAUGAAAUGGGUUCGGCUUUGGAGCUUGUUUUGAUAACUGAUAUUGAUUCUGGACAGUUUAUUUUUAAUGAAACAAUUCGUAUUCUCAACGAAGAAGGAGCUGAUAUUGUGAAUGCAAGUUUCUCUGUUGUCAACGACACUGUCUUCCACACAAUACAUGCCACAGUUGGGGAGUCUGCACCGGGUUUUGAAGCUGCUAAGAUAUCUGAGAAACUAAACAAGUUCCUCCAUGAUGAUGAUGGAUGGUGAUUUUAAUUUGGUGAAAAAUAUUUGUAUUGCUCUUGAAGCUCCUAAGACAUCCGAGAAACUAAACAAGUUUCUCCAUGAUGCUGAUGGAUGGCGAUUUUCUGCUGCUUAAUUUGAUGAAAAAUAUAUGUAUUGCUCAUGCAAUAAACGGAUCGCAUGCUG